UGCAAAAAUGAACCAUUCUCACCCCGCUGGAUUACUUGCAACAUAUAAUAGCCUCACGGAUAAACACCUGGCUGGGUACUUUAACAAUACGAGAAUCAGGAGGCACCUCCUGAGAUCCGGGCUGAUCACGAGAAGUGGGAGGAUACUUUCUGAAAAGGAGUACAAAGUUAACAACAUGAAGCAGGAUCACCAAAAAUACAUCCGAGAGUGCUUAGCCCGGGCCAUUUUCCACAAGGUCCUUGAUAUGGAGCGCUGCCACCAGCUGGAAAUAAAACGGAAACUGGAUACCUUAGCUAGGAAAGAGCGGAUUCAGAGGUUGAAGGGAGAACACACAAGGCGAUUUAUUGAAGAUAACAUGCCCAUUCUGACUCCCCAUCCCCCAGCUGGUCCAAAGACUAAUCGUGGCCUUAGUGUUCUGGCUGAGGAAGGACGUUCUAGUCCAUUAACACUGACAGCCCCUCGACCAUAUACUGCCCCAGGAAAUAUGCAGCCUCCGGUUCGUCUCCAGCCUCUUCUUAGUAAUCGCCAAAGGAGAAAUGGUUCAAAGAUAACUUCAGGGUCCAAACCCAAAUCCUCACUGCUGCAAAGUGAAGCUCCGUUUCCUCUUGGGGGCAAGAAGGCAAUGAUGAAAUUCAGGAACUAUAUGGACAAUUCCCAGAAGGAGGAUCUGUACCAACUUCCACACAUUAACAGUUACCAGACACCUGUUCCCCCAACACCCCAGCCCCAAGCAGGAAAGAGCUUCAGGGAGAACAGGUUGGAGUCAUGGCGGAGGAAGAGGCUGCGUCCCAUCACAGCUCCCAAUGGCCUUGAGCCUCUCUUUGGCAAGGAUCCGGGAAGGAUUUAUAAAACAGCACCGCAUAGCAAUGCAGUUAUCACAAUGGUCUAUUUUGGAAAAAAUGUGCACGUAUCUUAUGAUGACAUAGACUUCCGAGAUGAAAUCAAGAUUUACCAACAGCACUGUGGAGGAGAGAACCUUUGUGUCUACAAAGGGAAACUGCUUGAGAAAGACACCUUUCAGUUUAUCUCCAAACGUCACCACGGUUUCCCCUUCAGCCUCACCUUCUUUCUGAACGGGAUUCAGGUGAACAGGAUCAGUUCCUGCUGCGAGUUCAAGCACCGCAGGAGCUCCCGCCUGGGAGGCAAGAGAGGCUACUUCGGGUUUGUGUGUGUGGAGAAGGCAUCUCCUUGCUACAGAUGCAUUAUUGCAAUGGGCCUUGACAGAAAACCAUCUUCAACGACGAAACCUAAGAAAGAAAAGAUUACUGAGAAAAAGGAGGAGCCACCGAAGAAGAGUCAGGGGAAACUGAAGAAGGACAGAGAGAAUGCACCAUCAAAAAGGAACGAGAUGGAGAGGAAAGAGUCCUCUGUCUCAGCUGCAUUUUCAGCUGAGGAAAUAAAAUUAGGGGUCAAAGAAGUGAGGACAGCUAUUGAGGAAAUGGAAUGGAAGGGCAAGUCAGGACAAGACGUCUGGGAAGAGGACCAGGACAAUGCUGUUAAAUACGACUAUGAAGAAGAUUUCGAAAUAGAUGAGGAAAAACAAGAUGAGAAGGUGGACGAAGAGGACCAGGCUGAUGACCAGAUGAGUGAAAGGUCCAAGUCACCCACCGAAGGUGAGAGAGAUAACCAACACCCAGAAAAGGAGAUUGAAACCUCUUCAGAGAAGGCAGAAGAUGCCCAUGACAGUGAGAACUUUGAUGAUACUGGAUGCUCGGACAGCGAAGAGGAUGACAGACAAGAUGUAAAAACCACGUCAUCAAUCUCAUCUAGAAGUCGCCCCUACUCUAGCGAAAGUGAAGAUGAGUCUACGGAAGUGGGCGGGGACUGCGACUCCAUAAACAGCGAAGGGGAAAGUUCCAGAAGUUCCUAUUCUCAGGAUCUGCAGGAAAACGAUGACUCAGGAAAACCAUACUUUCCAGCCGAGGAGUACUUGGAAACUGAGAUCGAAGAGCAAGAAAUCACAAAACUAGACGGAGAUAAUGGACCUUGGUUGACAGAGCUCAGCGGUAUGCAUGUUACUGAGGGAAAACCAACUAAGGGAACCCAAGCUUUAUCGGAGAGUGAGUCCAAGGAGUCCAGGCGGGCGGCUUCUUCAGAGGUGAGGGCUAAGAGUCAGCUCCAGAAAGAAGCAGGUCUCUCUGGGGUGGAAGAAGAGGCAGAGGAGAAGGAAGGGAUCGGCAGCAUUCAAGAGGAGGCUAAGCAGAAGUAUCUGGAGAAUACCAGUGCAAUCGUUGGACAGGUAACAGGCGAAGCUCGUGAACCGGGCCACUGCCGCUCUAACACUGCACCUGGACUUAGUCCCACAGAUGACGGGGUGACAUACAUGAGGAAACCAGACGUCAAUCUGAGCAGAGUGGCACCUAAUGGGAAUGUAGGGAUAGAGGAAAGAUCGGCCAUUGGCUCAAAUGAGCAACCCAAGCAAGCUGCACAAGAGAUGCUCACACUGAAGGAAGAAGGCAUGGAGGAAGAUGAAUCUUUCCAGCCUGAGGAUACUAAUGCCUAUGCAGGAGUGAGAGAGGAAACAGUGAUGGAGGAAGAUGGUACCUGCCAUCCUCAGGAUGCUGACAUGGAUGUGGAACUGAAAGAGAGAACAGGGAUGCAGGAAGAUGGUACCUGCCAUCCCAAAGAUGCUGACAUAGAUGGGGAAUGGAAAGAGAAAGCAGGGAUGGAGGAAGAUGGUACCUGCCAUACCCAGGAUACUGACAUGGAUGUGGGAUUGGGCGAAAGAGUAGGGAUGCAGGAAGAUGAUGCUUGCCAUUCCCAGGAUGUUGAUAUGGAUGCAGGAUUGAGGGAGAAAGCAGGGAUUUCAGAAGUCCCCUUAGGGGAGAGGAGCCCUACAGGAGAUCUGCCAGCAUCAGCAGAACAGUCUACAGUGAAAGGGGAGUGCCCUCUAAGCAUAGCUAGUGAGGCAGAGGCAGGCACAGAAGAGAGUAGCAGGCAUGAGUUGGAACAGUUGAUCCCCACAGGAAAGGUAGCAGCAGAAGCCUCUGUGUUUCUAAGUGUAGAGCAGGCUGCAAACAGGCAGCGGGAUGAGGACCCGGACAGGCAGGCCUUGCUGCAUACAGUGAUGGAGGAGGGAAGAGCAGUUUCCGAAGGGCGUCAGGAAUUGGAGAAAUCAACGUUCACAGACAGCACAGGGUUCAGCUCAGAGACUCUUGGAGAUGCAACAGUUCUGAAAGAAGAAGGGACUUCUGAAGUAAAGGAGGCAGAAAGGGAGGUGGGCUUUCCAAAACCAGAUGGAGAUCAAGGUGGAGAGGGAACUCUUACAGAGCUGGAGGUCAUGGGGCCUGUGGAAGACACAGGGCCAGAGAGAAAGGAAGGUUCUGAAGAGGCAGUACUCGGGGAAGAGAGAGCAGCCACGGAGAGGAAGGAAUUUCUGGAAGCAGAAGCUCCCUUCAGCUCCUCAACAGGAGAAGCUCAAGCAAGCCCCAGGGAGGCUUUCCCGGGCAACCAUGAGGAACUCCGUAAGGAAGACACAGCAAGGAAGGGAGUCAUAGCUGACACAGAAUCAACCAUGGAACAGGAUCUGCGAGCAACGUUCCCUGGGGAAUUAGCUGUAGCCGGAGGCACAGAGAAAGUUGACGCGCCCACACCACCUCUUAGGGAAACUGGAUCUGAAAGAGAAGAGGAGACAGGGGCCAAGGUGCUGAAGACAGAAAACUUGUUAGGAGAGCAAAAGGUUAAAGGGGAAGAGGAGGGCACAGUGAGUGAAGUCAGUUUUGAGGAAGAGGCUCGUGUACUCCCCCAUGAGACGGAGGCUGAUGCAAAGGAUGCAGAACCCACAGGGGCAACUGAGUUGGGGGAGGUUACAAAGCUUUUAGAAGACCCACCCAAAGAAAGAACCGCGACCUUAUUUGAAGCAACACCUCAGUUUGAAAAAUCACCGAAAGAGAGUGAAGUCACAGCCACGGAACACAAUGGAGAAGAGCUGCUAGGCCAGGAGAGAGAGGCUCUGAGGCAUAAGGGGAGGGGGCUCGGCCACGGAGAUGGGCUGUUAGGAGCUCCUGGACCUGAGCCAGAAGACAAAGUGCAGCGACCAGAGGGCUUUUUCACGGCCAGAGGUGAAGAGUGGGCUACCAAGGAGCUGCACAGCCGUGCGGGGCCGGAGAGACUGGAGGAACAUGAGCAUUUGCAAGUACAAGGAGGAGGAGGAGACAUUAUGAGAGGAAAUCUUCCCGAGGAAAGGCUCACCUCGGCAGUGGUGGUCUGUAGUGAAGCUGAGGGUGAGAAGCCGCAGGGGGGAGGGAGCAAAGAUAAAACGUGCCCUCCAGGGACAGUGACUGACAGCCUGACAGGGCAGAACUGGACCAUGAGAGGAUGCACAGUCGAGGCCGAGGAGGAUCCGCAUGGAAGAGGAAUCGAAGAAACAGCUGCAGAGCAGAGGGAGGAGUCGGCAGAGUCAAAGUCAGCUGAUGGGAUCCUCACGGCCUCCUCCUCUAUGGAUACUCAGAAGGAAACCUGGGACAGAGCGGGUGAGGAUCUAGGAGAAACAGCAGCCGAAGCUGAGGACAUGAAGCCAAAAACGGAGACGGUAGCAGUGGUGGAGGAAGUGACAUCAGGAGGGGCUAUGGUAGAGAUGGAACAGGAACAGGAUCCUGAUGUGCAGGACUCAAGGCCUGGGGAGGACAGAGAGGGAGGGGAAGGAAAGGCUUCUCAGCAGGCAUGUACGGGUACAGCUGGGGAGGAGACAGGGGCUACAAGGAAGGACGAGGAAGACCAGUCAGGAGCAGCCGAAGAGUUCAGAGGCUCAGUGUCUCAGACAGAGACAGCUUAG